CCAACAUCCGCAGCACGAUUCUACCGAAGGCGUGCUGCGAGCUGCUUCCCCAUCACCCCCAUGCGGCCAUGCGCACCUCGGGCCCGGACGCGAUGCAGCCGGCGCGGCGGCGCCAGGGCUUCCUCCCCUUCGCCUGCCUCUCCGCCGCCUUCCUCGCCGCCGCCCUGCUCCCUGGAGCCGCUGUCGCCGAUGGCGUCACGCCCUCCGAGGCCCGACGGCUCCGCGACGAGGUCAAAGAUAUGUUCUAUCAUGCGUUUGAUGGGUACAUGCAACAUGCUUUUCCACUCGAUGAAUUGCGUCCUUUAAGUUGCCAAGGAGAAGAUUCACUUGGCGGCUAUGCACUUACUCUUAUUGACUCCUUGGAUACCUUGGCUUUACUAGGGGAUAAGGACAGAUUUGAUGCUGCUGUGGAGUGGGUUGGUAAGAAUGUCCGCUUUGAUAUUAACAAAACUGUCUCAGUUUUUGAGACCAACAUACGUAUUCUUGGAGGUCUGCUAUCAGCUCACCUGAUUGCCAGUGAUUAUGCAACCGGUAUGAAAAUUCAAUCUUACGAUGAUCAGUUGCUUCAUUUAGCAGUUGACUUAGCUCAGAGAUUGCUGCCUGCAUUUGACACUCCAACAGGUAUUCCAUUUGGAUCAGUCAAUUUAUUGUAUGGUGUUGAUGAAAAUGAAAGCAAGAUAACUUCAACAGCUGGUGGUGGCACUUUGACACUAGAAUUCGGUGUCUUGAGUCGUUUGACUAAUAAUAGUGUUUAUGAACAAGUUACAAAAAACUCUGUGCGUGGAAUAUGGGCACGCAGGUCGAAACUUGAUCUUGUUGGUGCCCAUAUAAAUGUCUUUACUGGUGAAUGGACACAGAAGGAUGCAGGAAUAGGCACAAGCAUUGACUCAUUCUAUGAAUAUCUUCUGAAGGCAUACUUAUUGUUUGGAGAUGAAGAAUAUUUAUAUAUAUUUCAGGAGGCUUACAAGGCCGCCAUGCAUUAUCUCCAUCACGAUCCCUGGUAUGUGGAGGUCAAUAUGAAUUCUGGUGCUACUGUUUGGCCACUAUUCAAUAGUCUACAGGCAUUCUGGCCAGGACUUCAGGUGUUAGCUGGAGAUGUUGAUCCUGCCAUUCGAACUCAUGCUGCCUUCUUGAGCGUAUGGAAAAAAUAUGGUUUUACUCCAGAAGGGUUUAAUCUGGCUACAUCCACUGUUCAGAAUGGACAAAGGAGCUACCCACUACGACCUGAGUUGAUCGAAAGCACAUAUUGGCUGUUCAAGGCUACUAGAGAUCAUAGGUACCUUGACGCUGGAAGGGAUAUAUUGGCAAGCCUUCAAUACAGUGCUAAAUGUCCAUGUGGCUACUGUCAUAUCUCAGAUGUUGAAUCUCACCAGCAGGAUGACCACAUGGAGAGUUUUUUCCUUGCAGAAACAGUCAAAUAUCUCUGGCUUCUUUUUGAUCUAGCUGCAGGUCCUGAUAACAUUGUUGAAAAUGGGCCAUAUAAAUAUAUAUUUAGUACAGAAGGUCAUUUGUUACCUGCUACUCCUCAGAUAGCCUUGUUAGAUGAGCAUUGCUUGUAUGCUGGAGCAUUCUGCAAUGGUAGUGCAGGCCAUGGAUAUGGUACCAGUGAUAGUUCUAGUAACCAUCAAAAUGCAAACUCCGUUCCGUUUGAUGAUAGUCGAACACCUUCUGGUCAAUAUUUGUCCAGUAUUUUGUCUACAACAAGAGGAUACAUCAAGGGAGUUUGUCCCGGAUUAACUCAUGCACAGAAACUUGGCAUAUCAUACUCUGCCGAGGAGGAUAACUUCAUGGACCAGAAUUCUGAAAGUCGUGGGAACUCUGAUGAAUCACAUGUGAUCAAAUCCAGUGUCCAAGCUCAAUCAAGUUCUGUUAUAUUGAUAUCUCAUCCAGCCUCAAGCCAAACUGAGGAGCUUGCGACAAGCAGAAGUGAGUACAAUGCAAACAUGGUGGCAACUACUGACUCUGUAAGGGCUGAUACUGCUGGUGCCUCGUCCCGAGUAUACCCCGAGGAUCUUCCUGAGGACACUGGGAGCGUCUCUGAACAGAGAGAGAACAAUAACGAAGAGAUUGCUUCUCAGGACCAUCAACCGAAGGAAGAUAGCUGACCAGAGACCAUGUAGGAACAAAAGAAAAAAAAUCACUCAAACUGGAUACCGUCAUUUCAGUGGCUUCCCAUAUUACAAAUCAGCGUAUCGGUUAUAUACGAACCAACAAGGACCCUAGGUCCAUAGAUCAGUGUAUCUGACCACAGUUUAUUUAGCGGAAGAUGAAAGAUCUACAGUGUGGCCCAGUGGCUGUGUGGCAACGGGAUUAUCCUUGGGUUAACCAAUCUGCGGUUCCGAUACAAGCAUGCAGAUUCACCUACAGGCAUCAGCUCUGUUCUUUCUGACAAACUAGCUUUAAGCGUGCAUUCCUUAAUUCAUUUUGUUUGUAACUUUGUAUUGAAUGGAUAUAUAUAUUUCCCUAUCAAAUAGCGGGUGUAAAGUUCUGUACACUAGAGCAAUCAACGAUCUGUACGGCGAAACGACUCAUACAUGGGGCA